UCGCAUUAUCAUUCUGGCACUUGCAGCACGGAUUGUUCAGUUUAUUCUCAACCGUCGAACGGCACGGACGCGAAUUUUCCAAAGUGAAAGAAUCUGCUAAGAGCUCUUGUUCAGACAGAGAAGUGCUGAAAGACAACAACCCACUUUCGAAGAAAUAAGAUCAACAGGUACUCAAUCCUCGCCGUAAUUGGUUUCCGUCUUCGGGACGAAUGUAGUUCAUACCAAGCUGUACAAUCAAUGAAUCCAAACACGACGGCGACAGUAAGCGUUUUCAAAUCCCUCAAGGCAUCGCUGGUGUACAGUCUGCUGAUACUGGUACUGGUGCUGGUGUUGGCCGGGCAGCACGCCACAGCCGCCGGACGAUGUGACCGCACACCGGAGGGAGCCGGAGCAAGCAAAUCGCCCGCCGAUGGCCGCUUUCGGUUGCGUAUCUCCGGAAAUCCGGAGAAAUACGUACCCGGGGAAUCCUACACAAUCAGCCUCGUUGGCAUCCGGUCGAUGCAGGUCCCGCACAAGUUCUCCGGCUUCUUCCUGGCAGCCGAAAAGGAGCUGUCACUGAAUCGACCCGACCAACCGGGCAAUGGAGACAUUCACAGUGUCGGCACGUUCCAGUUACUGGGUGAUGCUCAGACUAAGUUCAGCGAGCGCUGCCCGAACGCCGUAACGCAGACCAGUUCGAUUCCGAAGAGUGAAAUCGAGGUAAACUGGAUUGCACCACCGGCGAAAAGUGGCUGUAUAGCGAUUCGGGCUACCGUUAUCGAGCAUCGGGAUGUGUGGUACAUGGACGAUGGUCCACUGAGUAAGGUUCUCUGUGAGGACGAAGCGGACUCGGUGGAUACGCAGCCGGCGGUUCUGAAGGAGUGCUGUGCCUGCGAUGAGGCCAAGUAUGAGUUGACUUUCGAGGGACUGUGGUCCCGGCACACGCAUCCGAAGGAUUUUCCCUCGAAUGCAUGGCUGACGAGGUUUAGCGAUGUGAUCGGAGCCUCGCACACCGUUGACUACCGGUUCUGGGAGUACGGACAGGUCGCGAGUGAAGGAUUGAAGCAAGUUGCGGAACAUGGAUCUACGAGGAUGCUGGAGAGCGAGUUGAAAAAUCAGAGCGACAAAAUUCGCACCAUCAUCAAAGCCCGUGGCAUAUCCUAUCCGAAUGUGACGGGAAAAACUUUCGCUGUAUUCCGAGUGGACUCCAAUCAUCACCUGGUUUCGAUCGUGUCAAUGCUUGACCCUUCUCCCGAUUGGAUAGUGGGAGUAUCGGGACUGGAGCUCUGCCUAAUGAAUUGCUCCUGGAUCGAGAAUAAAAUCCUUAACCUCUAUCCUUGGGAUGCCGGCACGGAUAGCGGUCCGACGUACAUUUCGCCAGAUCAACCCACCAAUCCACCGGAUGUAAUUCGAAGAAUCAAGGCAAACUUUCCGAACGAUCCGCGAUCACCGUUCUAUGAUCCCAGUGGUACCGAGAUGAAGCCGCUGGCUAGGAUUAAUUUUUCCCGACAGAGAUUGUACGAAAAGAACUGUGAUUCGGAGAAUGAAGAGGACAAUGAAAGCAAGCAGGCUUGCGAGACAGAGUCCUGGGGUGAGUGGACCGAAUGUAGCUCCCGUUGUGGCAAGGGCAAACAAACCCGUCGCCGCACUUACAAGUAUCCGAUGAAGGCAAAGCAAGCGGAAUGCAAAAAGAAAUUGUUCGAUCGUCGGCCGUGUGUCGGAAGUGAAAGAGAUUGCGAGUACCAAACCAGCCAGGAGCUUGACGAAACAUAUCAGAGUGAUCCGGAGUGCGAAGUGACCGAGUGGGGACCGUGGAGUGAAUGCAGCACACCUUGCGGCAAGGGAAACAAGACACGUUCUAGGAAGUAUAAGAAGAAGGGUGCUCGGAAGAAGUGUGAACGAAUGCCGACCCCACCGAUGCUGCAGCAGACCGUGCCGUGCAGUAAGGAGUGUGCUGGAGAUAUUUCGCAACCGGUGAUUAGUGCAGAUAUCAAUCCCAAGUGUAAGAUGACUCAGUGGUCGGAGUGGGGACCGUGCAGUGUGACUUGUGGGCUUGGUCGAAUGAUGCGCACCAGGAUGCCGAUUAGCAAGUCGCUAAACACGAGACAGCAUUACAAACGAUUUGUCAACUACUACUUAACGAAGCGACGUCCAACUACGGAUGAGGACGACGAAGAAGAAGAGGAAGAAGACGAUACGGAAAAUAGCCUUCAAAUAACGGAUCCAAAUGAUCCGUGCUUUGGCGUUGAGACUGUUGAGGAAGUUACCUGCGGACAUGAUCUUCCAGCCUGUGACGGGUUGUACGGUGUACCGGAACUUUGCUACCUGGAACCGAAGCCCGGAAACUGUCGCGACUCGCAAACUCGUUGGUAUUUCGACAAUGUCAAAAACGAUUGCUCGAUUCUGUUCUUCACUGGUUGCGGUGGUAACAACAACAAUUUCAUGUCACGGGAGGACUGUUUGGAUACAUGUAGCAAAGAUCGGAAGUUUACCAACAUCCCUAUCCGGGACCAGAUCAGCACUAACUCGGACUAUGCGUCCGACUUCAAGCAGGACUGCAAGACGUCCCACUGGAAGAGAGGUCCCUGUAACGCUACUUGUGGUGAGGGAUAUCGCGUGAAGAGCCGAACGAUUUUGGUUCACCCAACCAACGGAGGCCAGCGCUGUCCCCGGAAGCUUCGCAAAAUGGAACGCUGCUUCGUGCACUGUGACUCCUCCCGGCAUGACACCAACCCGUCGUGGGGACCCAGCACCCGCUACUCACCGGAACCGAUCGAAUGCGAGUACUCGGCCUGGUCGGCGUGGUCACCCUGUAGCAAGACGUGCGGUGAGUUCGCCGUCCAACAGCGCACCCGAUAUGUUUUGAAUCCGGAAAACACCCGCUACUGUCCUCAUCGGCUUGAGGAGCGGAAAUGUGAUAUCAUGCCUUGCUUGCUGGGCAAUUGAGGGGGCCCGUUGAGGCCGUGAUGAUGGAGACGGGAGAGGAGAAGGCGAGCUACGCCGGUGGUUUUGUUUUUCUUUUUCAAUCACUACAUACUUAUUAAACAGGUAUUUGAAUAUACAGUGUAGUAAGUUUUUCGUUCAAGUACGUAAUCAUAGUUAUAGUGAAGCUUAUCUGUUGAUUUUUUUCUUGGUUCGUCUAGAGGAUCCUAGGCACUGCGACCAGAAAUCAUCAGCUAUAAUUACGGUAACAACUUUUGUACAAGGAGAGAGAACGCUAUAAUCAAAUCGACACUAACACUGUAGAGUUACUACAAACAUAAAUUUAGUCUAUUGAUUAUAACUGACGAAUAAAAUGAUCUUAGGUAAUAGUUUUGACGUGAAUCAACUGAUGUAAUAUCAUGAACAACAACAAUAAAAGAAAAAGUGAUGUAAUGUUUUAUGCACAAAUCAAAAGAACAAAUACAUAUUGUAACACGUCUUCAAACAA